AUGGCGACCGGCCUUGAAAGGGGGAGUGCAGCAGCUCAGCCAGACGCGGUCAUCAUCGAUGAAGGGUUCUUGAUUCAGCGGACUGGUGUCAAUCCUCGCACUGGUGAGGCAUGGAAGCCAUGUUGGGUCAUCAGACGCGAUUGUCCGAGUGCCUUACUCACGCAGUGGAAUGAGAAGCGUAGUAUCGUGUCGUCGGGGGAAGUUAAGCAGGAAGCUGAUGACACGCCAAAACUACUUCUUAAUUCUGGAAUCGAUGUUCUUCGCAAGCGUACUGCAUCAGUCAGUGUAAAACAAGAGCAGGAGGAGAUCAAGGUGGAAGAUGGCGGUGAUCGCAAGAGGCAGAAGUCCGAACGCUGGACAGCUCCUCAGGUAGCUGCCCAUACGUCUUCUCAACCGUCGAAGCCCAAAUGGGGGCCGUCUAGAAGUGGGGUAUCAUCUACGGACACCGAUUCCGCGGAGCUACCUUCUGGAGAUGCUUCUUCAACUCAAUUACAUUCAGCAGAUUCGACGUUCGAAUUGGCAGUGCGGCAUGAAAACUGGCUAUUGUUUCCAGAAAUCCGGUCUAAACGAGGAAUGCUCGUCGUGAUACAGGGCUCGCACGGCGACGGACAGAAAGACGGCUGGUACAAUGGUGAUCUCGAGGGAGCGCGAGGAGUAAUUUUGAUGGUGUUCGUUUCUGGGAGCUCCAUAAUGCCUCCUGUCGCUCGUGUCAAGAUGUUGAAUCCCAGGGAUGAGUCUGAAGCGACCCUCACGAUACCCGUGGUGUAUCUCUGGCCCGUCGAGCCCGAUGAGCCCGGUCAGAACGUUUUGAUGCUUCAGGGUGACCACAGAGGUGAGGUGGGCAAGGUCCGGGAGGAAGACGAGAUCGGGUGGUUCAUCUCCGUCGGAAAGAUGCACUGCACAGUUGCCGCGGAGAACUUGGAGCGGAUCCUCGAAGUUGAUGAGGACGACAAUAUUCUGAAUCUCUGA